AUGUUAUCGUACAUUCCAUCCAACCCACUAACUGCAACUUCAAUAUCAGAAUCACUCCAAAGUUACAUAAUUUCAGACACCCCUUUCCAUGGCCAAAAGAUUCAUACCCAUAUUCUCAAAACUGGAUUUAACCCCAAUACUAACAUAUAUAUAAAACUUUUGAUAUUGCAUUUAAAAUGUUCUUGUAUAAUAUAUGCCCGGAAAGUGUUUGACGAAAUGCCUCAACCAACUUUAACUGCUUAUAAUUUCAUGAUAGCUGGGUAUACAAGAUAUGGUGAAGUGGGUCAGUCUUUAAAUAUGUUUAGGAGGCUUGUUUCGUGUAAUGAGAAGCCAGACGGGUAUACUUUCUCGAUGAUUUUGAAGGCUUCGAGUAACGAUUAUAUGUUGUCGAACAGAUCAAGGACUGGGUUAAGGAUUGGCAAGGAGGUUCAUGGGCAGAUUGUGAAAGCUUAUGGUAAUAUGGAUGAUGUUCUUUCGACGCCUUUGGUGGAUUUGUAUGUGAAGAGUGGGAGGGUUGAGUACGCCAGACGAGUGUUUGAUUUUAUGAUGGAUAAGGAUUUGGUGUGUUCGACGUCGAUGAUUUCUGGUUAUAUGAGACAAGGUUAUGUGGAAAAUGCCGAGGACGUGUUUGAGAAGACGGGCGAGAAAGAUGUAGUGAUGUUUAAUGCGAUGAUUGAAGGUUAUAGUAAGUCGGUUGAAACUGCUAAGAGGGCUAUUGAUGUUUAUAUAAGUAUGCAAAGAUUGGAUUUUAAGCCAAACAUGUCUACUUUUGCAAGUAUUAUAGGCGCUUGUUCUUUAUUAUCGACGUUUGAAGUUGGGCAACAAGUACAAGGGCAACUUAUGAAGACCGAAUUUGCAAGUAAUAUUAAGAUGGAAAGUGCUCUUGUUGACAUGUACUCAAAAUGUGGGAAGAUUGAAGAUGCUAGAACGGUUUUUGAUGGCAUGCGUGUAAAGAAUGUGUUUUCUUGGUCUUCGAUGAUUGAUGGGUAUGGGAAGAAUGGUGAUCCGACUGAAGCACUUGAGCUUUUUGGUCGAAUGCAAAAAAUCUAUGAUAUUAGACCAAAUCAUGUCACUUUCCUUGGUGCUCUUUCGGCUUGCGGACACGCUGGCUUGGUAUCUAAAGGGAUAGAGAUUUUUAAAAUCAUGGAGAACGAUUACUGUUUGAAACCACACAUGGAGCACUAUGCCUGUAUGGUUGAUCUACUGGGCCGAGCAGGAAGGCUUAAUCAAGCAUUGCAGUUUGUAAUGUCGAUGCCUGAGAAGCCUAAUUCUGAUGUUUGGGCAGCGUUGCUUAGUUCUUGUAGAAUACAUGGCGAUGUAGAGAUGGCAAGUAUUGCUGCCAAUGAGCUUUUUAAGUUAAGUAGUAAUAGUAGGCCCGGGGCAUAUGUUGCGUUAUCAAAUACUUUAGCGGAUGCAGGGAAAUGGGAUAGCGUUACUGGCAUUAGGGAACUAAUGAAGACUAGAAAUAUAACAAAAAAUACUGGUUCCAGUUGGAUAGGCACUGAUGAUGUUUAAGAAUAUUUUCAUACUACAUGAAAUGUUUUGAGUCAAGAGUGUAAUGCGUAUUCUAUCUGCUGUAUAUUCUAUCAUUCUUACA